AUGCCACCAGCAACAGCAGCACCACAGUACCCACCUCCAGAUGGAGGCUGGGGAUGGGUUGUAGUCUUUGGGGCUUUUAUCUCCAUUGGAUUUUCCUAUGCAUUCCCCAAAGCCAUCACAGUAUUCUUCAAAGAAAUACAAGAAAUCUUCCAUACAUCGUAUAGUGAGAUAGCCUGGAUAUCAUCAAUAAUGUUGGCUGUCAUGUAUGCAGGAGGUCCAAUAAGCAGCAUUUUGGUGAAUAAGUAUGGUAGCCGGCCUGUGAUGAUAGCAGGAGGUAUCCUGUGUUCAUUUGGUAUGAUUGCUUCCUCUUUCUGCAAUAGUGUCCUGGAACUUUAUCUAUGUAUUGGUGUCGUUGGAGGUCUGGGUUUAGCGUUCAACUUACAGCCUGCCUUGACCAUGAUUGGCAAGUAUUUCUAUAAGAAGCGUCCCAUUGCUAAUGGAUUGGCCAUGGCUGGAAGUCCAGUGUUUCUGAGCACAUUGGCACCUCUCAAUCAAUUUCUCUUUAAUGCGUUUGGCUGGAAAGGAAGCUUUCUCAUUCUGGGAGGACUUCUUUUGAACUGCUGUGUGGCUGGGUCACUGAUGAGACCUGUUGGACCGAAAACAGUCCCUCCUGUGAAAAAAGAUGUUGAAAAAGGCAAAGGAGAUUCUACCUUGCACAAAAACAACAAGAAGUCUUUUUGGCAAACUAUGAAUAAGUAUUUAGAUCUGUCCCUCUUCAAACACAGAGGAUUUCUGAUCUAUUUGUCAGGAAAUGUCAUUAUGUUUAUUGGUUUCUUCGCUCCAAUAGUAUUCUUGGCUCCUUAUGCCAAGCACAAGGGAAUUGACGAAUAUUCUGCUGCUUUUUUGCUAUCUAUUUUAGCCUUUGUAGACAUGUUUGCUAGGCCUUCAAUGGGACUUGUAGCAAACUCCAAGUUUAUCCGGCCAAAGAUUCAGUACUUUUUUAGUUUUGCUGUCUUGUACAAUGGUGUCUGUCAUAUCUUGUGCCCUCUGGCAACAAAUUACACUGGCUUGGUGAUAUAUGCUGUAUUUUUUGGAUUUGCAUUUGGAAUGGUUAGCAGCGUUCUUUUUGAGACAUUGAUGGACCUUGUUGGGGCUGCCAGAUUUUCCAGUGCGGUUGGACUUGUCACCAUUGUGGAGUGUUGCCCUGUGCUCAUAGGCCCUCCCCUGGGAGGUAAGAAUCUCUUUUAUUCCAUUUUUUCUGCCAUUACAGCAUAA